AUGGCCGAUCUCCCCAGCCAUAUAACAUUCCCCACCUCCCGCCUACCUGGUACCUUCUCCGCUCUCUCAGCAAAAGCCCUUCCUGCCAUCUCCUUCACCAGUCACCAGGUCUUCCAAGAAGUCGUUUUCUUUUUUCUCCGCCGCACAACGAUCGCGUUCGACGACGCAAAGGAGAUCCAAUUCUAUGCUUUCCUGGAGGGAUUCCCGGGCGAGAAAGGCUUUAUGAGCGUGCGCCAUCUCGAAUAUCAUUGCAGCAACCACCAGUACGCAUGGGAUUGUUACCCCAUUGGCGGGUACCUGCCCGGGGGUCUUGGUGCUCACGACCUGGUCUCGCGAUGCCUGGGUCUGCGCACCCUCGCGCUCCGGUUCGAUGUGAGGUUGCUGCUCGACUAUGAUCGGAGAUUGACGCCUGAGCACAAGCUGCGGUCUCUCAGGCGACUGGAAGAAGACACCCAGUUCAGGUCGCUGUUGGAGCUGAGAAGGAAAUUCUCGGUCAAUAUCAUCUGGGAGGCUAGCGACAUGUGCGCAGAAGACCUCGGCGUGACGGAGGAUGAGUUGUUGGGGCCGUAUAAUGAUUGGUUCCGGACGGAAGGGCGUGGGUUCCAUUUUCACUUCGGAAAGGCCUGA